UUCAAAAAGGUCAAGGCUAAACAAAGAUUAUUUGUUCUGACUGGCAUUAAGUCUGCACUGAACGCUACAGAAAAAGCUUCUCAGCAACUAUUUGUCUUGACUCUUGGAGCUGCACAUGGUCUUCUGUUCUGACAGAACCAUGAAGACGAUAUCUCAGAGACAUGCCCGUUAUUUCUCAAAUGAUCUGGACGACGAUGUUACCCUGGUUUUCCCUAAGCCUAGUUGGCAGCUCAGAGCCAGCCUUGCCUCUGUGUUGAUCACCCCUGUCCUCUACCAACUCUACUUCAUUAUGGUCACCAUCAGAUACAUACUCUUCUUACAAACUUUUUCCUCUCCCCCACGUCCUGCUUGCCCUGUGGUUGACUUGAGUUGGACCGGAGUGUUUCCUUGUGAGCUGGGAUGGAGGGGGAGUGCACUGGCCGUUCUCAUUCUGUCAGCUGUGCUUAUCACCUGCUACUCACUCAUCACUGCCUGCUUGGUGAGAUGGAACCCUCGGAAACAAUGGAACUCAACCACAUCAGUUUUUGAUACUCAAGAAAAGCCGACCAAGUUCCAAGUGAGAGUUCAGAGCUCUAAUCGGCCCCCCACUCUCAGUCUGUAUAUACUGUUACUGAUAUUCCGCUUACUGUUACAGUCAGGAGAUGUUGAAGCAAACCCUGGACCAACGCUUGGCACCAUUCUGACUAUCAAUGAUUUGCCAUCUGUUUACGAGAAAUUGAUAAAAGCCGCCAAAAAGUGGUUCAACCUGGGACUUAAGCUGAAAGUGAGCCCCGACACCCUCGAUAAUAUCAGUGAUGAACAUCGAGAUAAUGAAACCUGUUUACGGAAAAUGCUAGCAGCUCGCUUAAAUAUUGCCACCCUCACCUAUUCUGAAAUAUGUCAGAGUCUCAGAGCACCAACAGUUAGACGAGAUGCCAUCGCUAAAGCUAUAGAGGAGGAAUGUACAGACUUAUUUUCAGAUGAUGGUACUUCACCUGGGCCAUCUAAGAGGCAGAAAUUGUCCACAACGACUCCUGAACCAACCAAAUCCAAGUCCGAUAAUCGUUCCACCAUCCAACCAGAUGAAGCAAUAGGAAUUUAUCGAUCAUACUUAACUAGUAUUUACGAUACAAAAUCUCUCCCUGCUGAUGACAAAUAUCCUCUCCAGUGUGUUAAGCAUUUUGUUAAUCUAGAAUGUGCGGAUGUAAGUAAACAUUUAUCGAGAAAGGAAAUGGAAGAGUCCUGGUCAGAAAUAGUUCAAGGCAUGCUGUAUAGAUUUCCUAGAGAGAGAAUCACAAUCGACCAGAUAGCUUCCAAAGUAGAGGGCAAAUUCUCUAAACUAGUUGUCAUUAAAGGGGCUCCUGGAGGAGGUAAGACGACUUUGUCAUGGGAACUGUGCAGACGAUGGGCUAAUGGGGAAGUUUGGACAGAUUACUCCCUCGUUGUAUUGCUCCGACUUCGAGAUGAGAAUGUUCAGGAAGCUGUAGAAUUAGUUGAUCUAUUUCAAUGUGAAAAUACUGAUGCUUCCAAUAAUAUUGUUGCUACUACUACCAUACAAAAUCAUCAUGGGCACGGUAUUCUUUUCAUUUUGGAAGGCCUGGAUGAGUUGCCACCAUUCUUUAGACAAAAAAAUUCCAUUUUUAUAAAACUAAUAACCGGACGUUUUCUGCCAGCUAGUACCGUGCUUGUUACCACUAGGCCCUGGGCUGUAUGCGAUCUACCUGUUACUUGUAGCUCAAGAGUUGAUCAGUUCAUUGAAAUUUUAGGUUUUUCUUCCGAACAAAUUCAAGAGUACAUUGAUCUAAUGAUCAAAGAUGGGGCUCCACCAGAACUACGUAAAUACAUUGACUCUAAUCCACGUAUCUCUAGUGCAAUGUAUAACCCUCUUCAUGCCAGAAUUGUAGUCGAAGUUUACAGAGAAAACCAUGAGAAUAGCGAUAGCAUAAUCCCCAACACAACAACUGAACUAUACACCGAAUACUCUCAAAUUUUGAUUAAAAGAUGUUUAGAGAGUGAUUGGAGUGGUGAGCUGAGUAAGUUACCUUCGUCACUUCAGGUACAUUUUGAUAAGCUUUGCCGAAUUGCGUACAAUGGAAUAACAAAAGAAAAACAACAGUUGGUUUUCUUCAAGGAAGAUGUUGUUGAUACUAACACACUUGGAUUCAUGAACAGUGUACAUCCUUUAUAUAAGAAAAGCAACAGUUCUCCAUCUUACAAUUUCCUUCAUCUAACACUUCAAGAGUUCCUCGCUGCAUUUUACGUCUGGAAAAAUAACACCCCACACGAGCAAUUUAUUUUGUUUGAAACAAAGGCCUAUGAUGGAUCAUACAAGAUGAUUCUAUUGUUUUUAGCUGGAUUGACUAAACUGAAUGACUCAUGGACACAGUGUGUACUUCCCACUCCUUAUGUGUACUAUGAGAAAGGAUCGUCAAAAGCCGAGAGAAUGUGUAGUAGAUUCUCAAGUUAUCAAAUUCUGUGGAUCUAUGAAAGCCAAAAUGUGCAAGCCAUGAAGGACUUGUAUUGUAAUGUGCUGUAUGAACCACCGCUAGAUUAUGAGAGUAUUGAUCAGUUUGCACUUGGUUAUGUUGUAGCUUCUGCUCAUUUCAAAGUAACUCUAAUGGACAUGUUCACGUUUAAUAACAGUAAUGUGGAUAGAUCAAUGAUGUUAGCAGGAAUCAACAAAGUUUUGCCUUCUUUUACUCUAAGUGUAAGGCAUCUGAAAAUGUCUACCACAUUCAAGAUUCCAUCUGCUUGGCAUACACUCAUUGAUAGGAUACUACCAGAAUUAGAAAGCGUCACUAUCAAUAAGCAAAGAUCAGGAGAUAUUUACAAUCCAUUUGAUGGGCCUGAGAUUCCAUGUACAUUAAAAAUAUUUGACACUAUAGAGCUAUCUCCAAACUUGAGUGUUGUAGAGCUAAAUUUUGGCAUCUCAAGAGACACUGUGAUACGAAUACUUGAUAUUUUGAAGCCAAAACACUGCUUGAAAGUUUUGAAAUGUACUCAAGUAUCGCCAGCUGAUGAAGAGUUGUUGUCUGACUUCAUUGCACAUUCUAGUAUUGAAAUGUUGGUGAUACAUUUGAUACAAGCGCAUUCUAGUAUUUACUCACCCAUCACAGAUACUAAAAAUUGGUGUAUUUCAAUUGGAUUGAACGUGACUGAGUUAAAAAGGAACAACACGAAAAUCUUUCCACAUUCAGAACCAAGAAGAAUGUUAACCACCAAAAACUUAAUUUCAAUAUUAAGCCAGUGGACACUAAGCUUACAAUAUCUGCGAUGCUCUCACUUGACUCCCACACAAUCUGAGCAACUUUUUAGUACUCUACUCAAUUGUCCGAUACUUAAAGAACUCGAUAUCCAAUAUAAAAUAAAAGGCCAAUUUGAAUAUUUCUGUACCCACCAGCACUUGCAAUCACUAACUGUGUGUUGUCCUGAUAAUGCCUGUGAAGUUUUACGUUCUCUCAAAGACAAUCGAUUACAUUCCAUUAAAAGCCUUGAACUUACAUGUCACCCUGACUGUCAUUUUGAUGAAGCUAUUGGUGAGUAUCUACAGACUGACACAUCUCUAGAGGAAUUGACACUGCGUUAUUGGAAUUUCAAAAGUAGCCCGAGUCAUUUAAUGCAGGGACUGCAAGUUAACACAUGUCUAACUAAGCUAACUAUUUCACCUGUAAUGAUGUUUAACCCUAAUGAACCGCAUUAUGGUUUCGGAACGUUUGAACUGGCCCAAAUGUUUCAUACAACUCUACAAUUCAUUGAACUUACGUUUUAUAUAAAGUUGCCAGGGGAUCUACUACCCGCCUUGGAAGCAUUGAGAGAAAACAAUACAGUUAAACACCUGACACUCUGUCUGUAUGUGCCACCAAUCAGUAAGUUUAAACCGUACACUGUUACCACUGAAGAGGCUGAAGCUGUCGGUAAUGUGUUAGCCAAGAACAAGACGCUAGAGGUGUUUCACCUUGAUGCUGAGAUCACCGACUACUCCCCAAUUGUCAGGGGGCUGUUGGAAAACAAAACACUGAAAGAAUUCGGCACUUCUAAGAAUGCAAAAAAGAACAUUAUCACAUGUCCCGAGUACGUUGAUGUCAGACGAAGAAUUGUGUUUGUGGAUAGAUAUUUGAAUAUUAGUUAGUUUAGUAUUCUCAAUAGUGUUGUUUAAUAGUGAAAAUUCAUUGUGUACUAAAUCUUGUAAGUCUUCUUGGAUGGCUAUCUUAUACAUUUUGUACAGUAUAUUUUUGUGUGUACCAUUCCUGACCCAGUUUCAUGGGCAGAGAGUAAAAACUGUUCUCAAUAUAUACACUCCAUAUAUUUAUGUCACUUGUGUUUGCUCGUUUCGUUGAUUUGGUAAUUAAAAUUUUCUCUUC